GCCAGAAGAACCUGAAGGUGCCUCCUGCCUCCACAUAUCUCCGUGUCGGCUUUGCCUCAAUCAUUCUUGGAUCCCACACAACCAUCCAGCAACACCCCUGACCCGCACCACCUUUUGGCCGUAACCCAGUAUUGCAUCUUUUGCAUCGCACACCUCGCUCGCAGCACACCACACACCUCGCAUAUCCCUCACAUCCCAGGCCCACUCCCACCCGCACGCUCGAGUCCGUCACUUGUUCCCGCUUGAAUGGCUCAGUACGCUCCCGUCACCCAGCCAAGGACAUAUGAUCUUUGGCCCAAGACCCAGCCGGCCUCGGCCGCUGUCCUGUCGCCCCAAACCCAAUCUGCUCCUGUCGGCUCGCCGGCACAAUACGCGUCCGUCGUUGCGAACAUGCCAGCGCCCCCAGGCCCGGCACUGGAUACCGAGAUUGCCAGCGCCGUCGGGCGGUUCUUGCCGGCCAAGGACACCGUAGAACGCUCCAAGUCAAUCUCGUCCCCGCGUACCGAAAAGAUCCAGAGCCCGUCCUCUGCCAACCUCAAGAUCGCCAGCCAUUCGCACUAUCGCCCACACUCUGCCCUCAUCGAGACGCCCUAUCUGCCGGGCUACUACCACAUCCCCUAUCAGCCUGUGAUGACGAUCCAUCCGUCGGUGUCGCCCUCUGGCCUUUCGUAUCUGCCCGAGGGCUCUGUGCCUUGGAUAGACUCCAAGGGCUACAUGUCGCCCUAUCCCGCCCCACACUACUCGCCUGCGCUUGCUGCUGCCCCAGGCUCGCGCGCCGACUCGACGUAUUCCAUCUAUCCGCUGGUUGGCAAGCAUCCGGUCUAUAUGUCUGUCGCGCCACCCGGCGCUGCCGGACUCGAGUUCAAGGAAGGGGACAUUGUCUUGGUUGCCAGCAAGACCUCCCCUGCGUCGCCGCGAUCUGCUGCAAUGAUUGUCUCGCCCCGGUUUGCCGACGGCCACCUGCCAUCCCCCAAGCCCGGCGAGUAUCUGCUCCAGCUGUUCGAGGAUUUGAAAUUCAUCAUUGCCACACCCCGCGAUAUGGUUCCCUUCAAUCCCAAGAGCUCGUCCAGCCCGUCGCCGCAUGAGGCGGGCAGCCUCGGCAUCGACCGAGCACUCGAGUACAUCAACACCGGCAUCCUGCCCGAGGGCUUCUCCAGCUCCUCAGCCAAGGCCGCCGCGGCUGCUGCCCCCAACCACCCGCUGUCACUCGGCCGGCGCACCGUCUAUCCGGCUGCCAAGGCGGGCGUUGCUGUUGCCUCGUCCAAAGCUACUUUCGAGGCAUCCGUUCCCGUGCCUGGUGUCGCCAAAAACAACACCAGCAUCAAUACCAGCACCUCCACCCCGGUGGGGGUCGCUGCGACGCACACCGCUAAUGCCAAUGGCAGUACCGCAGCCCCAGCUGCCUCGCAGCCCAAGUCGGCUUCGCUCAAGAGAGGUGCAGGAGCCUCCUCGGGCGGAACAGCCAAGCGCACGCGCUCGACCUGGGCGCUCGACAAGGCCAUCUACUCGAUCGGCGACGACGAGGAACUGCGAAAGAUGGGCAUCGCCAUGAGCGACGACUCGGACGACGACGAUCUCGGGCACAGUCUGGCUCUGUCCGCGACGAGCAGACGGUCGGCGCCCCAGCCGUCCACCGAAUCUGGCCGUGUGCUUGCCAGGAAGAGCGACGGAGUCUCCAAGAGCGAACCAGAAUCGAGGGCUCGAGCAGCCUCUGCGGUUUCGGCCGAGCUAUCUGCCGAAACCCUUGUCGGAGGCUCUGGCACCCAGUCCGGCCCAAUGUCGGCUGCCACCGGCGAGCUGCGGCGACCUCGGCGCUGCCCUGGAGCCCUGUCGCUGGAAUCGCAUGCUCCCGCCGAGAAGGAGCAUGUCUCGGUCGAGAGCAUGACCAGCAAUGGCUCCUCCGCUGCCCACAAGUCCGAAGCUUCUGCUGCGGGCUCCAAGCCUGCCAAGCGUCUGACCCGGUCGACCAACGUUCCACCGCCACUCGUCAUCUCGACCUCGCCGGCCGCCACAAGCUCCAGCGAUUAUCCCACCCCCGUCACGGCCACCUGUUCCAAGCGGACCCGAACAAACUCGCAGUCGUCUCUGGGAUCUCCUUUGCAAACGACGACACCCACCAGCGCGCGACCGCAGCGACAGAGUGCUCUGCACCAACAUGCCCGUCUCUCCGCAAGCCCCUCCGUUCCGUCGGCGACGUCGGAUUACAGCUCCAUCGGGAGCACGGUGCCAAGCACCGACGGCCGAGACGACGUCGGCGACACGACGCCAUCGUACAUGCGCAAGCGAGCCAAACCCACAAACACGUCUCCGAAAAAGAUCAGCUUCACCUCGACCAUCAGCAGCCUCUCCGGUGGUCUCGGCACCCGAGCAGCGUCCGUGGACCGGAACAGCCAAGGCCUCUCCCGGCUGGGAGGAGAGUCGUCUUCGGAUCUGCCGAAAUCCGAAUCGCGGUUCUGCAGCAACACAUCCAAUGGGCUCAGUCCCUUGGAGCUCUAUCGAGACUCGUGUCUCAUCGACGAGGCCACCGGCAGCCUUCUCUGUGCCGAGAAGCGCAGGCUCCUGCUGCAAGACAUCAAGUCCAAGAUCUCGGAUAUGCAAAAGCAAUACAACCACAUCCGUAGCCAGCGCGAUGCAGGCAAGAUCGGUCGUCGGGCCGCGCAAGGACGUACACUCAAGCAGCGCCAGAACUGGGCCCAAGGACUGACGAGGAUCGUGCAAGAGUCCCAUGACGCCCGCUCGGAAGACGACGCCUUCUACUCCAGCCCGCAAGAGUACGCCAAGAGACAAAAGCUCAUGAUACACUGUGACUGCUGCGUCUGAUUUGGUGUGGGCGAUGCCUCCGUUCCCACCCCCUCCCUCCCCCCUGGCGGCAAACCUGUGUCCGACACUGCUCUGCCUGUCUGCCAUCCACUCUU